AGGUCAGCUUACCGCAACAUGGCUGACUACGAAGACUCUGAAGUGAGGAUCAUUCUGGUAGGGAAAACUGGAAACGGAAAGAGUGCCACAGCCAACACCAUCCUCGGGAAAUGUCAAUUUGAUUCUAAGAUCUGUGCCUACGCUGUUACCAAGACCUGCCAGAGAGCAUCCAGAAGGUGGAAGGGGAAAGACCUUGUUGUAGUCGACACUCCUGGGCUCUUUGACACCAAGGAGUCCUUGAAAACCACGUGCUCAGAAAUCAGCCGCUGCGUCCUGUACUCUUGCCCUGGGCCUCACGCCAUUAUCCUGGUUUUGCGACUGGAUCGCUACACUGAAGAGGAGCAGAAAACCGUUGCUCUGAUCCAGAGUCUUUUCGGGGAGGCAGCCCUGAAGUACAUGAUCAUCCUGUUUACUCACAAAGAGGACCUUGAGGGCCAGAGCCUGGAUACUUUUGUAGAUGAUGCAGGUGAAAAGUUAAAUAAUAUUGUCUCGCAGUGCGGGAAGCGCUACCUGGCAUUUAAUAACAAAGCCGCUGAGGCUGAGCAAGAGAAUCAAGUGCAGCAGCUGAUAGAUCUGAUAGAGGAAAUGGUGGCCAGGAACGGCAGAGCCUACUUUUCUGACAGGAUAUAUAAGGACAUAGAUAAGAGGCUGAACCAAUGUCUAGUGGAUCUGAAGGAGACUUACACUCAACAGCUCCUUAGUGAAAUCCAGAGAAUAGAAACGGAAUGUGCUGAUAAACCAGAAAAAGAAAAGGAGGCGCAGAUUGUUUCUGCAAGGAGAAAUUAUGAUGAAACAAUAAGA